GGGUGGAACGUGGGCGCGGGGAGACAAGCAGUAGCUACGACUGUGAGGGGAGCUGAGACCCGGGCAACCAGGCUGGGCCAGGAGGACCAUGUGAAUGGGGCCAGAGGGUUCCCAGGCUGGGCAGGGACCAUGGGCUGUAGCUGCAGCUCGAAUCCUGAAGAUGACUGGAUGGAAAACAUCGAUGUGUGUGAGAAUUGUCAUUACCCCAUAGUCCCUCUGGAUGGUAAAGCCACGCUGCCCAUUCGGAAUGGUUCGGAGGUGCGGGACCCUCUGGUCACCUAUGAGGGCUCCAUCCCGCCAGCCUCACCACUGCAAGACAACCUGGUUAUCGCCCUCUAUAGUUAUGAGCCGUCUCAUGAUGGAGAUCUGGGCUUCGAGAAGGGGGAACAGCUUCGCAUCUUGGAGCAGAACGGCGAGUGGUGGAAAGCGCAGUCCCUGACCACAGGCCAGGAAGGCUUCAUCCCCUUCAACUUCGUGGCCAAAGCAAACAGCCUGGAACCCGAACCCUGGUUCUUCAAGACUCUGAGCCGUAAGGACGCUGAGCGGCAGCUAUUGGCGCCUGGGAACACACACGGGUCCUUCCUGAUCCGGGAGAGCGAGAGCACCGCGGGAUCAUUUUCACUAUCUGUCCGGGACUUCGACCAGAACCAGGGAGAGGUGGUGAAACAUUACAAAAUCCGUAACCUGGACAAAGGCGGCUUCUACAUCUCUCCCCGCAUCACUUUUCCUGGCCUGCAUGAACUGGUCCGCCAUUACACCAAUGCUUCAGAUGGGUUGUGCACACGGUUGAGCCGCCCCUGCCAGACACAGAAACCCCAGAAGCCAUGGUGGGAGGACGAGUGGGAGGUUCCUAGGGAAACGCUGAAGCUGGUGGAGCGGCUGGGGGCUGGUCAGUUUGGAGAGGUGUGGAUGGGGUUCUACAACGGGCACACAAAAGUGGCGGUGAAGAGCCUGAAGCAGGGUAGCAUGUCUCCGGACGCUUUCCUGGCAGAGGCCAAUCUCAUGAAGCAACUCCAACACCAGCGGCUGGUCCGGCUCUACGCAGUGGUCACUCAGGAGCCCAUCUACAUCAUCACUGAAUACAUGGAGAAUGGGAGUCUGGUGGAUUUCCUCAAGACCUCCUCAGGCAUCAAGUUGACCAUCAAUAAACUCUUGGAUAUGGCAGCCCAGAUUGCCGAAGGCAUGGCAUUCAUUGAGGAGCGGAAUUAUAUCCACCGUGACCUGCGGGCUGCCAACAUCCUGGUAUCUGACACCCUGAGCUGCAAGAUCGCAGACUUUGGUCUAGCACGUCUCAUUGAGGACAACGAAUACACAGCCAGGGAGGGGGCCAAGUUUCCCAUCAAGUGGACAGCACCAGAAGCCAUUAACUAUGGAACAUUCACCAUCAAAUCGGAUGUGUGGUCUUUUGGGAUUCUGCUGACAGAGAUCGUUACCCAUGGCCGUAUCCCCUACCCAGGGAUGACCAAUCCUGAGGUGAUUCAGAACCUGGAGCGAGGCUACCGUAUGGUCCAACCUGACAACUGUCCUGAGGAGCUGUAUGACCUCAUGAUGUUGUGCUGGAAAGAGCGUCCAGAGGAUCGGCCUACUUUUGACUACCUGCGCAGUGUUCUGGAGGACUUCUUCACAGCCACAGAGGGCCAGUACCAGCCUCAACCCUAAGGGGCCUAGUGGUCCAGGGGU